AUGGAUGAGUUCAUCAAAUGGUGUAAGGGUCGAGGAUACAGUUUCGACGGUCUCGAAAUCACGUGCCCACCUGGAAAUUGCGGAAACGGAAUCUAUGCAACACGUUCGUUCAGGAGUGGAUUACCAAUCAUCACUCUCCCAGAAUACGAUAUGAUCAAUUCGGCUCUUGUUCUCGAUCUUCCGUUCUAUCGAAAGAAAAUGGCUAAUGUGAAUGAGAAACUGAAACCGAUGGAAAUUUUGACAAUGUUCUUUUGUUUCGAAGACUUUGAACAAUCCGCGUGGUCUCCGUACUUGAAAGUUCUACCGAAAGAGUUUGAUACUCCAGCAUUCAAAAGAAUUGACUACGAUGUGAACACACUACCGUUGUCUAUUCGAAAAUAUUGGAUUGAUCAGAAAAAAGAGAUUUCUGAUAUCUCGGAGAAGCUCCGCCGUCUUUUCCCCGAACUGGCGCAUGAUAAGAUUUUAUGGGCGUGGCAUGUAGUCAACACCAGAUGUAUUUUUGUCGAAAAUGAGGAACAUGACAACGUGGAUAACACAGAUGGUGACACGAUUGCAGUUAUCCCAUAUGUCGAUAUGCUUAAUCAUGAUCCCGAAAAGUAUCAGGGUGUGGCACUACACGAGAAACGAAAUGGACGGUAUGUCGUGCAAGCAAGACGUCAAAUUUUAGAAGGAGAACAAGUGUUCGUUUGCUAUGGAGCUCAUGAUAAUGCACGACUUUUGGUUGAAUAUGGAUUCACGUUGCCACAUAAUUUGGGUGCUAAAGUUCUGAUUCCUCAGGAAGUUCUUCUAACCCUCGCCAAAAUCGCUGGAAUUCAAGUAACACGAGAACAUGAGAUGGUUCUCGAAGAAGUUGGUCUCCCAAGUCAUCUAUAUGCAACUGAUGAGGGACCAAGUUGGUCAUUACGAACAAAUGUGCGUGUGAUGCUUUUAGAGCAUUGGCAGAUGGCAAAUGGACGAUGGAAGAAAAUUAUCUAUUCUCAUGACCCCAUUGAUGAGGAAGUUGAUCAAAAAAUUGAUGAGAAACUGGAAAUCAUGUUGAAAGAAUUGAGGAAUGGAGUUGUCGAAAAAACUAAGAAAAUGCCACAAGAGGUACAAUGGAUGUGGGAAGAGCAAGUAAAAGUGUGCGACGUGGCGAUUGAAUCUUUCGAAAAACCGAAAACUCCAGUUCAAGAAGAGAAGAAAGAAGAAGUUGCAGAAUUAGAGUAG